AGCAGGGACAGAGGCAGAGCGAGCUCCUUCAGGCAGGGCUGGGAUCUGAGCUCGCACAAAUAGCUCCCCGGUGUACUCGUCCCAGGUUCUUGCCCUUCCCCGUCCCUUCUCUCGGCUCCGAGGGGGAAGACCCGGAGCUCCGAGCCCGGCGAUGAGCCACCUCUACGGCAGCCACCUCUCCCCUGUGGGCAGCCCGUCCGUGGUUUACCUUCCCGCCGCCCUCGGCUUCGCCCCCAGCGCUGCCAUCUCCCGGCAGGACCCCCCGCAGAAGCCCCCUUACAGCUACAUCGCCCUCAUCGCUAUGGCCAUCAAAGAAGCUCCGGAGCAGAAGGUGACCCUCAGCGGUAUCUACCAGUUCAUCAUGGACCGCUUCCCUUUCUACCACGACAACAAGCAGGGCUGGCAGAACAGCAUCCGCCACAACCUCUCCCUCAACGACUGCUUCGUCAAGGUGCCGAGGGAGAAGGGGCGGCCGGGCAAGGGCAGCUACUGGACCCUGGACCCGCGCUGCCUCGACAUGUUCGAGAACGGCAACUACCGCCGGAGGAAGAGAAAGCCCAAAGCGCCGCCGGAGCCGCGGGGCAGCGCGACCCCCGCGGGUGGCGAGCGGCCGGGGGCUGCCGCUGGCCCCGGCGAGCCCAAGAGGGCCAAGGGCAGGGCGACAGCGGCGGACUCUGGCGACGAGGGGGUCCCCGGGGAGGACGGAGGAGACGCGGGAGCCCCGGCCCCCGCCGCGCCCCCGCCGUGCCCCAAGGGCGACCCGCGGGGCCGCAGCUUCAGCAUCGAGAGCAUCCUGGCGCAGGGGCUGCGGCAGCCGCCCCCCGGGGCCGCCCCCAAAGCGGCUCGGGAGAGCCCUGCCGGCUGCCUCGGAGGCUCCCUGGUCGCCAGCGGUGCCUUCGGGCCGGCCCUCAACGCCUCCCUCAUGCUCGACUCCCAGGUGCACGGGAGGCUUUACCACAUCGGCAUCCCCUUCCUCUCCUGCUUCCCUCUGCACCUCUCCGAGGCGGUAUUUAAUUUUCAGUAGUUGCCCCAUCAUUAUCCCCCUCUGGUCGCUGCUCCCGGGGAGCGAUGGGAGGGAGAAACCUCACUCGGACCUCACCGAGCGGGUA